AUGGAUGACCCCGACACUAUAAGAGAUAAAGGGCCGUUUGUCAGAGUUAUGGCAGAGGUUGAAGUUAAGGAAUCUUUACCCAAAGCAAUGGUAGUUGACAUUUAUGGCACUAAUUGCGAUGUAUCUUUUGAAUAUGAAUGGAAACCAGUGGUUUGCAAACUCUGUAGUAGAGUGGAUCACACAAAAGAUAACUGUCCAAAGAAAGUGUUACAGUCCAAACCUAGAAAAACUUUGGAUAGGUGGGUGGUUAAACAAAAGAAAAAGGUGGUCGAAGGUGAGAUUGUAGACAAGAUUACUGAUAAUAUACCUGUGAAAGAUCUGCAAACAAACAAUACUAUUUUUACGAAGAACUCUUUUGCCUUGUUAGAAGAUAAUGAAGCUGUGGCCCAGGAGUUGGAAAAUGUUACUAGUCUUGUUAUGGAGGAGGUUCAAGAGGUGGAUGGUGUUGAUAUGGAGAAGGAUGAUUCUUCUGUGGUGCCAAAUAGUGUGUAUGAUGAAGAUUUGCAGGAGGAUGCAGAUAGCAGAGAUGUUGACACUACUUAUUUGACUCCAGUUAAGGUUAAGGUAGAACACCAGUGUAAAACAACAGAAAAGGAAUUGGAGAAUGUUAUUUUAUUAGAUGAUAUAACUUUAGGAGGAGGAAAACAGUCAAGGAAGAGAAACAAACCUGUUACUCCCCUUUCAAAUAGAGUGACAAGAGGAAAAAAUGUAGGCAGUGGGUCACUGUCACAACCCUUUGAAUCUUUAGGAGAUUGGAACAUUGUUCCAUUCAACUCUGAGAAGAAGGGAGGUUUGAGAAUUCCUCAAAGCAGAUUGGAUGAAUUUAAUAGUGUUAUCUAUGAUCUAAAGAUGGAUGAUAUCCCUAUUAAUAAUGGGGAUUGGUCUUGGUGUAAUAAACAAAAUCUGAGUUCAAGAAUUGAUGCCAAGCUUGACAGAGUUCUAACUAAUGAAUUGUGGCUGCAGCAAUAUUCUGAUACAAAGGCGUACUUUACUCCUACCUCAUUAUCUGAUCACUAUGGACUGAGAAUCAAUUGGCACCUCAAUUGUUCAGAAGGGCCAAAACCUUUCAAGUUCUUGAAAAUAUGGUGCAUGUAA